AUGACCCCUUCCACUUCCAAGAUUUCUUGGCCAACUACUACUGCCUCCCUCUACGAGCUUCUCAACAUCGAUACUGACAUGAAAAAGUGCCAUGCUUCGACGACGAAGAAGGCUCGUUGCCAGAAUCCAAUCAGCAAAGCCAACUCGGCCCUUAUCACUUGUCUCUUGGAGAAAGCAGUUACUCAAGGAAGCUUUUCUGCUGCUCAGGCCACACUCCGAGAAGUCUCUUACUUGAUUAUGUGUCAGCGUGUCCAUCAGAAAGAUGGUCCUCCUCAUUUGUCAAAGUGGCAGAAAGUCCUUGAGCCCCUUAAAGUGAUGCAUAUCAAGAAUGAAGACAAGGAGGAUACUCUCAAAUCCGAGAAAGAAACAGAUAAUAUACCACCAACCGCUCCUGUUACUUCAUCGCAACAACAGGUUCAGCUCAAGAGCAAUACACCUAUAUCUAUCCCUACUUCUCGUUGCAGAUCCGAGCCGUCCCCUUCCCCCCCCAAGAAACCGUCCCCAAAGCUCUUACUACCCAAAUUACCUUCGCCAAAGAGCCCCAAAGUCGUACAUGAGUUCGAAGAUUUCUCCCGCCGCCGCUCGACCCUAGAGACUAAUAAAGCGAUGAAGAAGCUACUUCUUCGCUCCUUGAAGGAGGGGGAGACAAAGAAUGGAGGCAACAUCUACCUCUAUACCUAUUCUGAGAGCUACCACGACGCACAUCCCUAUAUCAAGAUAGGUUUUUCUCAAGACGUCAGUAGGCGUAUGCGAGGAUGGAAAUACAAGUGCGGCUACGACGUGAAAGUGCUCGGCGAGUUUCCGGCCGAGCACUACGCCAAGGUUGAGAAAAUUGUACAUGCUCAGCUCUGGAACCAGAGGAAGCGAGAAAAGGGAUGUGCUUGCAACGUUUGCCACCAGGAGUGGUUCAAGGUCGACGCUAUGACUGCCUCAAAGAUCAUUGCCUUAUGGACUGGCUGGAUGAGACGAGAGCCAUACGAUGAAGAGGGCACUAUCCUGGAUAAAUGGCGUGUCAGAAUUGAGGGCCUUGACAUGGCUGAUCCUGAUUGUUGGGACUUGCUCGUCAAGGGGCUCUUCGAUGAUGAUGUCGAGGAGUCUGAGCUGUCCGAAGGAGAUAGCUUUGCAUGGUCAAGUGAUGAACAGUCCGAGAUCUCUGAGGAAGAUACUUUUGGAGGUUAUGAUGCUGACAAACCUGAGAUUACUUUCACUGGACGGCGAAUCUGA